CGAUAAUCAAUCCCUCCCUAAUAACAAUGACCAUACUGGCUAUUAAUUAACAUAAGGGUAAAUCGAGUCCCUGAAUAAUAAAUUGUCUAAUCCAUAAAUCUUCUCCCCUCCCCAAGCCUUCUUUCAAGAUGGGAGACCACACUCUUUUCUUCUAUGGUAAAUAAACCGAUCCAUAUCCAUCCCCGCAUCAACAGAUAUAUAACAAACAAAAAAAGGAACCCUCAUGGCCCCCCAAAUUCUUCACAGGGUCAUACACGGCCGUCCAGACCCAGAACCUUGGCAAAAGGCACUGUUAACAUUCAAACCUGCCAUCCUGCACGGGUACGAACGCCAUCGUGUCCGGGGAGCUGAUUAUCCCGGCAUUGUACCAGUGUUAUCAACCGGAGCAGAGAAGGAUGCUUCCAACAGCAGCAAUGCAAAUGGGUCUGAAACAGCAACACCUGUGGCCGACCAAUAUGUCCUAGGGACGCUUGUCUCAGGCCUAACGGAUGGCGAUCUGCAUAGGCUUGACAUCUACGAAGGAUCGGAAUACCUCAAGAAACCGGUCAAGGUGCGCGUGCUUCGAGAGACGUUGAGUGUCGGGGGGCGACAGGAGGCUAGUAUUGCAAAGAAUCCCGAUGGGCAUUUGAGGGAUGUGCUUGAUGCUGCUGGGGCUGAGUUCGCGGAUGAAGGAGAGGAGGUGGAUGCUAUUACCUAUGUCUGGGCAGAGGGGAUGGGGCGGCUGGAGAGGGCAGAGUGGGAUUUUGAGUCAUUCAAGAGGGAUAAGAUGGCUUGGUGGAUUCAGGCGGAUGAAAGUGAGUGGUAGUCGUUCUUUUCAUUUCGCCUUUCAAGUGUUAGCAUGGUCAUGAUGCAUGGCUACGGAUAGAUAUAUUUGUGGGAACGGCGUUGGAAGGUUGGUAAUGGCAAUCUCUAUAGGGAUAUCUCGACAACGCGUCAAUGCAGAC